CGGAGUAUUUAACAAACAAAAAGAACUGCUACUUGCUCUGACUACUUCCCCUCCGUUCCGCAGUGGAUCGAAAAACUGCGAUGAGCAAACUACCGGAAAACCUGAGAGUUGGUUAGGGGAUAACAAUGGACUCAGAAAGCAGCCACCAAAGCCGCCGCCGCCGCAGCCUCACCCAGGAUAUUGUUCGUUGCGACCACCUGGAUAACCUGUGCGAGAGCUUGUUGAUCGAUAUUUUAUCUAGGCUCCCCUGCCGAGCAGCUGCCCGAUUCAAAUCGGUAUGCAAGCGCUGGAAUUCUCUCAUCUCUUCCGACCAUUUCGUUAGGCUUUUCAAUCACCGCCGUCACGACCCAUCCUUUCCGGCAACGCGAGAUCCGGAAUCGCCGCCCUACACGCUCGUAAUCGUAUUCCACCGUCGGAUGUAUUAUAGGUUUGAAGAUGACUGCGGGCCGGUUGCUCGCUGCAGUUCCAACGGCGCCGUGCUGCGAUUGGACAAGCUUGAUUUGAGUUUUCUUCCACCUCGCCCUCCAAGCAAAAUUGCGGUGAAUGCUUCGUGUGAUGACCUAAUUUUAUGCUCUUCUGAUGAGGAACCUAAGCCUUUCUAUGUGUGUAAUCUGCAAACCCGGCAAUGGGUUGAUCUUCCUCCAGUCAAUAUUCCUGGCACCUUUGCACGGUAUUAUUUGGUCGGAUUUCUUCUUAAUCCUCCACCCUGUUCCCUUUGCCUUGGCACAAAUGGAGGUGUAGACAUUAAUAAACUUGAAUUCAUGGUGGUGCUAAUUCGUCAUCAGAUAUAUAGAAGGAGAAUAAUAAAUUCAGGUAAAGAGGUUAACCACAUACAAGUAUUGCUCUUUUCAUCUGAGGAAGGUCAAUGGAAGAGUCUUAGGGUUUCAUCCCCGCCAAUACCACUAUGGACGCUUGAAGGGAAUGUUGUUCCAUAUAAAGGGAAGUUGCACUGGCUGAAUAGGGAUCAUAUUCUAGUGUAUGAUCCUUUCAAUGAUCCCACAAAACUUUCUGGUGUCAUGAGAAUGGAGUUUGACCAUUUUGAUCGAUUGAGACUUGGUGUGUUCCAGAAUCGGCUUCGUGUAGUAACAAGCUCUGCAUGGAAUGAAUGCCCUAGUCUUCACUCUGUAUGGGAGCUCGAGGACUACGAAAUGGAGAAGUGGAGGUUGGUGCACAGACUUAACAAUACCGGUCGAAAUUCCUCAAUGUUAUAUGUCUUCCAUGAUGGAAAUGCUUUGUGCUGGAAAGAUGACAGCUCUCCUGUAUGGCUAUGCAACUGCCAAAGUGGAGGGGUGGAUGAGGAUCGCAAGUACGUGUUGGUUCCCCAUGGCCUUGAUUUCUGCUCAUGUGAAGCGUAUGUCCAUCAGAUUGUCAAUGAUCAUUGGUGGCCUACGCCGCUGUCAUCCUUGUCCUGCCACCGAGGUGAAAAUCAAGGAUCAGAUGAUCAGCUUAGAGGACAAUGAGAUGUGACGCGGGUGGGUGAAUGAAGCUCUUUAUUUAUUAUUUUAAAAAUUCUGUUUAUUUAUUGCUCAAAGCAUUAAAGCUGUUUUAGAUAUUGGAUUUAAGGCUUCCGCAAAUGUUUGGAUUUAUUUUACUUCGAUCGAUUUAUGAUUUAUUUUUAGUUAUUUUGAAUGAUUGUUAGUGUGAUAUUUAAUUAUUUUUAAAAUUGCUUUCAUGUGGAUACCAUUAGCGGCAACUCGAUUUGCUAGGAUAUUUGUUCGGGGUUACGCGAGUUGUAGUGUUAUAACCAAAUGUUUCCUCUUUCAACAUCUAGCCGUCCAAAUAAAUAGACUCCGUUUUA